AUAUAUGUUGUCUAAAGUUCAAUGACAUUUUUCGAAAUGGAAAACCAAAACUUUAGAAGAUAAAUAGGAAAAUGGAAAUGAAAUACUUUAAAAAGACUAACAGUCAGAAAACGGUAGGACUGUCAACAGAGAGAUGUGAAUCAUUGAAUUAUUACAAGUAUCUUUGCAAAAUUAUCGGAUCGAAAGAAGUUGUCAAAAUGAGGAGAUUAGCUCUAACUAUUACGGACAUGGGAAAGUUAAUGUCAUUUGGGUAUCAUUCAAUAACUAGCGGAAGCAAGGGUGAAGGACUUGAUUUCAAAAGCAGUGAUUUAGAUAUAAUGUUUAUCAAUUCUUCUUUUAAAGUGUAUGAAUCAGAAACAGAAGAUGUUCUUGAUCCUCGGAAAAUACCAUUAGUUAUGUAUACAGAGGAGACCCAACCAUGUUUUACGCAAUUACGUCUUCUAAAUCAUCAUUCAAAAUGCAACUACUUCGAGUUCUUGUUAUAUACUAUAGUUUUAAAUAAUAUAUGGGAAAAAAAUCAUAUUGGAUGUAUGCUUUCAAGUGAACAGUAUAAACUGUUCUUCUUGUCUAUUUCUCAACUAUUAGUUGCAAAUAUAAUGAAAAUUCAUGGUCCCUGUCUAACGGAUAUCAAAGAUCUAUCAGAUGUUGCAAUGUGCCUCAAAUGCGACAAAUGGAUAAAUCCAGCACAACCAUGGAUUAAAAGACCACGUACAGCAUGGCCUUCAGCUAAAAUUAUUUCCAAAAUAAUAUCUUGUGGAGUGUUAUUUGUUCCAAUUGGGAACAAAGGAUCCAUAAAUGAAAAUCUUGAAUGGCGGAUAUCAUUUUCUGUAGCAGAAAAGAUUCUAAUAUAUUCCUUCAGUCAUACACAAUUCUUGUGUUACGCUCUCCUUAAAGUCUUCCUUAAGGAGGUAAUAGAAAAACAUGAAGAUUUGAAAGGAUUAUUGUGUUCAUAUUUCUUCAAAACAAUGUUGUUUUGGAUUUUAGAAGAAACAGAACCAAAUUUAUGGCGACCAGAUAAUAUUAUUCCUUGUUUUAUGGCAUGUCUACAAAGAUUAAUGUACUGUGUCAGAUAUUCAAACUUGUUACAUUAUUUUAUUCCGGACAAUAACUUUUUCCACUCACGGUUCGAUGUAAUGAACAAAAAAAAGUUAGAAACCAUACUUGAGAAUUCAUACAAGCAAGGAAUUCAUUGUUUAGCGUCUUCUGAGACCUUGAAACAUUGUGAAAGACAAUCUUACAACAACACUCAAUUUUUAACAAGUGGAUAUCUUAGAAUAGUACACCAAACAUAUGCUUAUUGGUCAAAAUUAGAUUAUGUGGAGCUAAUACAUCUUUUAGUACACCAUUCCAAAACUAGUUUAUGUAGAGGUUUAUUAGCUUUAUAUUCAUCAAAGGCAUGCUGGCUUGCUCCAAAUACUUUAAAAUAUACUAGAAGAUAUAGCUCAGAAAACAAACACCAAUACUCUAGGUACAAACACGAUCUCAGUCAUUUGCUGAUUGGUGUACAAUCAGAAGCAGUAUCUGGAUGGCUGGUGUUGGCUUCUUUUCUGUAUGUUCAUAAAAAAUACUUUGCCUCGUUAAACGUUAUAAAUCAUGUGUUGCAGAAAUACACAGACAGGAGAAUUUUUACGGUAAACGUAGCUUUUGCCAUGUCCGCCGUACCAGAGUUCACAUUCAGCCAAAAAAAUGAGCUGAAUCUGAUGAAAAAAGAAAAACUUUAUACAGUUUUAAAAACAUUAACUAUGGAUCCUCUUCUUUUUCUCUGGAUUUCUUCAAUAAUUCCAGAAGAAUUACAACUAGAUGUUACAAACAAAGAUGCUUACUUCAAUCCUUUACCAUUUGCAUAUUUCCUCAAUUUCUUAUGUUACUAUCAUCUACAAGACUUUACAUCAUGUAGACAUUAUUUACAACAACUUGAAUCGUGUAUGUUUAACUUAGAUAUUUUUGCAAUUUUCCCUGACGCCAGUACAGUCAUUUUGAUUGGCAUAGCUAAACAGUUAAUGGGUGAGAAUUUCCUUGCUAAACUAUAUUUUCAAAUGGCUGAUGUUGCUGAUGUGUAUAAAAUGACCAGCGCAGCAAAAAGAUUAUCUAGUGUUAUCUGAAACUUGAAUGUCAAUUUAGAUAUUAGAUUUGUCAAAUAUAUGUAUUGAGAAUUAUGUAUAGAGAAAACAAAAUUAAAG